AUGGCCAGACUUAUAAUGAUCUGUGGAAUGGCUCUUGCAACUGUCUUUAUGUCAGACUUUCUGAAUGCUGGUCCUGUUGGGCGCAAUAAAGACGAGGCCGUUUCUGAGGUGAAGACAGACAGCAUGUCAUCACUGAAGAAGCUGGUCCGCAAGAGGAGGAAUGUUGCCUAUUACAGAAGCCUGCCUGAUUUCUGGGGCUGGUAUAAAUACUUCAUGGAGACCAACAACCAGGAAGGAGUAGAGGACAUGGAUCGCAUGUACCUAGUUUACCUGCAAAACAAACACAGAGUAGAAGAGGGCCGCUCUUACAACCAUUACCUCACGCACCUGAGCGAAAUUUACAAAGCCUGUGCCCUCUCCGACGACCCAGACUGCAUUGCAGAGUCCACCAGCAAACCCAAAGCCAAGAUUGUCAUGCCUGUUCCUGUGAGGCAAGCUUCUGUGACGGUGUGCAACCCUUACCUCGACCCAUACUGCCUCUAUGCUGUUAGGCCAAAAGCUGCAGAAGAAGAGCCUUCACCCGCUCCAGCGAAGGUCCCUGCUCCGAUUCUGUCCCAUCUACUCCCUCUGCCUCUGAAAACCCCAUCGGCUCACUACUACGCUCCGGUCCUGGAGCCUUUCCUGCCGGCAGAGCAAAGAGCAGAGCUGUUGCGUAUCUGCAACCCUUCGGACACUGAGUGUCUGCAGUACCACCUGCGCGCUGCUUAUGGCUACAGGCCCUCGAUCGGCCCUCUGCCCUCGUACGCUCACCUUGGAUGUGAUCCUACCAAAGAUCCUUACUGCCAGCCCAAGCUGGUGGCCAGAUCACCCUCAGGUUUGUAUCACCUGUACCCCUCCUGCAACCCCGCCACUGACCCCCUUUGCGUCACCAAUGUAGUUGCACCUGCAGCCCAAACUGCAGAGAAUUCAGAAACCCCAAAAGAGAAGUUUUGCAAUCCUUUGUUUGAAGAGGGCUGCAACCCCCUUACAGCUGCCAAGCUAACUGGACUCAGUAAGCCCGCCUUGGAGUACGCUCCAAGAGAUGAGCCUGCGCCUCUCAAUCUGGCCUGCGACCCUCGCUACGAUCCAUAUUGUCUGAUUGGUGGAGCCGCUGCUCUCAGGAAACCCCCUCCAGUUCUCCCAGAGUUCCAGACCCGUCACCAUCUGGGCGUCCGUGGCAAGACCAAGGAAGGCUAUGACUGCUACAUGUUCUACGAUAAGGACUGCACCCCGGUGGACAACCAGGACCCGAGGGCCAGUGCUGCCAGUUCUAAACCAUUUUGCCACCCGUACGACCCCAACUGUGGGAGGUUUGCCGCUCAUCCGUCCACUCAAGCAGAGCCAGCAAAGACGGUCAAAGAUGGCAUCAUUGAGCCCCAUCCGGACUGUGACCCAGAAAUCGAUUACAACUGCCGCCUGCGCAGGGCAGCAUCCACAGGUAAAGAACACAACGAUGAGCCGGCCCAGCAAGAACAAGGUCAUGGCAACCCUCUCCCUGAACAUGUGGCUCCUGAGUAUCCAGUUCCAGGAUUCGAGGACUUCCUGAGAGGAUAUAUGGGUGGCUACAAGAAAUGAGAAGAAAAAAUGGACCAGAACU